AUGGACUUCUUUCAUGAAUAUGGUGUGGCCUAUGAAAGUGGUGUAUACUGUGUGAAUUUCCUCUUUGAAUACGGUGUGAAUUUCAUCUUUGAAAAUGGUAUGAACUUGGAAUACGGUGUGAACUUCUCCUUGUAUGAAUACGGUGUGAACUUCUCCUUGUAUGAAUACGGUGUGAACUUCUCCUAUGAAUACGGUGUGAACUUCUUCUAUGAAUACGGUGUGAACUUCUUCUAUGAAUACGGUGUGAACUUCUUCUAUGAAUACGGUGUGAACUUCUCCUACGAAUACGGUGUGAACUUCUCCUAUGAAUACGGUGUGAACUUCUCCUUGUAUGAAUACGGUGUGAACUUCUCCUAUGAAUACGGUGUGAAUUUCUCCUUGUAUGAAUACGGUGUGAACUUCUCCUUGUAUGAAUACGGUGUGAACUUCUCCUUGUAUGAAUACGGUGUGAACUUCUCCUUGUAUGAAUACGGUGUGAACUUCUCCUUGUAUGAAUACGGUGUGAACUUCUCCUUGUAUGAAUACGGUGUGAACUUCUUCUAUGAAUACGGUGUGAACUUCUUCUAUGAAUACGGUGUGAACUUCUUCUAUGAAUACGGUGUGAACUUCUCCUACGAAUACGGUGUGAACUUCUCCUAUGAAUACGGUGUGAACUUCUCCUUGUAUGAAUACGGUGUGAACUUCUCCUAUGAAUACGGUGUGAACUUCUCCUAUGAAUACGGUGUGAACUUCUCCUUGUAUGAAUACGGUGUGAACUUCUCCUAUGAAUACGGUGUGAACUUCUUCUAUGAAUACGGUGUGAACUUCUUCUAUGAAUACGGUGUGAACUUCUUCUAUGAAUACGGUGUGAACUUCUCCUACGAAUACGGUGUGAACUUCUCCUAUGAAUACGGUGUGAACUUCUCCUUGUAUGAAUACGGUGUGAACUUCUCCUAUGAAUACGGUGUGAACUUCUCCUAUGAAUACGGUGUGAACUUCUUCUAUGAAUACGGUGUGAACUUCUCCUACGAAUACGGUGUGAACUUCUCCUACGAAUACGGUGUGAACUUCUUCUAUGAAUACGGUGUGAACUUCUCCUUGUAUGAAUACGGUGUGAACUUCUCCUUGUAUGAAUACGGUGUGAACUUCUCCUACGAAUACGGUGUGAACUUCUCCUAUGAAUACGGUGUGAAUUUCUCCUUGUAUGAAUACGGUGUGAACUUCUCCUUGUAUGAAUACGGUGUGAACUUCUCCUUGUAUGAAUACGGUGUGAACUUCUCCUUGUAUGAAUACGGUGUGAACUUCUCCUUGUAUGAAUACGGUGUGAACUUCUCCUUGUAUGAAUACGGUGUGAACUUCUCCUUGUAUGAAUAUGGUGUGAACUUCUCCUUGUAUGAAUACGGUGUGAACUUCUCCUUGUAUGAAUACGGUGUGAACUUCUCCUUGUAUGAAUACGGUGUGAACUCCUUCUAUGAAUACGGUGUGAACUUCUUCUAUGAAUACGGUGUGAACUUCUCCUUGUAUGAAUACGGUGUGAACUUCUCCUUGUAUGAAUACGGUGUGAACUUCUCCUUGUAUGAAUACGGUGUGAACUUCUCCUUGUACGAAUACGGUGUGAACUUCUCCUAUGAAUACGGUGUGGACUUCUCCUUGUACGAAUACGGUGUGAACUUCUUCUAUGAAUACGGUGUGAACUUCUUCUAUGAAUACGGUGUGAACUUCUCCUACGAAUACGGUGUGAACUUCUCCUACGAAUACGGUGUGAACUUCUCCUAUGAAUACGGUGUGAACUUCUCCUUGUAUGAAUACGGUGUGAACUUCUCCUUGUAUGAAUACGGUGUGAACUUCUCCUUGUAUGAAUACGGUGUGAACUUCUCCUUGUAUGAAUACGGUGUGAACUUCUUCUAUGAAUACGAUGUGAACUUCUCCUAUGAAUACGGUGUGAACUUCUCCUAUGAAUACGGUGUGAACUUCUCCUAUGAAUAUGGUGUGAACUUCUUCUAUGAAUCAGCGGGAGGAGUCAUUCUUAGUGAUAUCAGCUUCUCUUGAACGGUGCGCCUCUAAGACAACAUUCUUAGCGUUUCUAGAUAGGUUAUGUCAGUGCUUAUCAUGAGGCUUGUAUGUUACAGAUAUGGUUGGAACCUCCCCUCUCUUCUUGGAACUUUUCUUGCUUGAAGUUCUCUUUCUGCAUCCACAGUGUUCUUAUAGAUGAUCCUCUCAGGUAAUACUUCCGCUGAAUAGUAGGUUGAGCUAGGUAAAGGAUACAUAGUCUUAUCACCAAGUGCAUUCGUAUCGUUCGCCUCUGGUGAAGCCGUCGGUGGUCGGUGAUUGAAGUGUAUUUGGUCAUGGUAAAGUCUGCUAUUGUUCCUCAACAACCGAUCACGGCAGAACCUGUUGGGAACUCUUCUGCGGUUGUGUCUUGGCUGUUAGGCCUAUAAAGAUAGCAGGUCCCUUACUCAACUAUUGUGGUCGCUGCACGUGGUGUAUGCUGGUAGUUUAUGUCGUGUAGGUGUAUUAUCAUCGUUGGUUACAAAGAUAUUCAUGGUCGUUUUCCACGUUCUCCUUAGAAGCCGUAUACUUCUUCCUUUGGCAUCAGGGCGGUUGGUUGGUCGAUUAAUAAGUGUAGUUUUCCUCAUGAUUCUCUCAUUCUCAGCGGUGCGUACUGCCUCUUAAAGCGUAUGUGACCCAUCAUGAGUAUCGAUCGAAGACGAAUUGGUGCUGGUGAGUUGGCAUUAACUUUACCCGUGGUCUUUUCUGGUUGCCAAAGUGAGUGAGUCCGGAAAGGUUAUCGAAGUAAGAUGGUCGGAGAAGUUCCAAGCAUGCCGAUCAUGAUUCCUUCCCGAAGUAUGGUGAUUACUGCGUGAACUGAUGAUAUGUGUUUUUGUAGUCCAUCAUUCCAUUUACUUGUUGCUGAUG